GUAAAAAGAAAAAAGAAAGAAAAUGAAUGGAAUUGGAAUGGAGGGUUGGUGAUCGGAGAAGGACGAAACACACAGCACCCAAAUGCUUCAUUAUCUCGAUCACCUCGUUCUUCUCCGAGACACCCUUCUUAUUAAUUAAUUGAUUAAUUGAUCUUCAUAAAAGGGCAAAAUUAUCAUUAUUCGAUCCGCAACAUGUGGAAGAAGGCGAGAUACGCAGAACAAUCCAGAAAAAUCGAGACAAGAACGCCGCAGAGAGAUGAGUAAAACAAACAAUCCGACGUAAUUUCGAUUUCUGGAUAUAUCCGGCUUCGUCGAUAUUACAAUGCCUUCAUCAAAAUCCCCUCCACCACCACCACCUCCACCGCCACCUCCGCCGCCGCCGCCGCCUCCACCGCCGGAAUCCUCUGGCGAUGGCUCUUCUUUUUCUCCGCCGCCGACGCCUCCGCGGCCGCAGGGGGCGAAGUCGGGCCAGCGAUCGGCCGCCAUCGCGCCCAUCGCCGUCGGGGUCGGGGCCGGGGCCGGGGCCGGGUUGCUCCUCGUGCUCAUGGUGGCUGCGUGCGUGUGCACGUCGGGGAGGAAGAGCAAAAAGCCCCACAACCCCAUGAAGUAUUAUGCGGACGCCGAUCCCUCUAGUUUUAAAGGAAGUAGCUAUUAUAGUAGCGGACCACGGGGACAAUGGCCACACAAUGGACACCAAAACCCUCCCCCGCCGCCGCCAGGGAUGGUUUCGGGAGCUAUGAGUAGCGGGAACGUGAGCUCGGCUUACUCGGGCCCGUUCGCGCCUCCGCUGCCGCCGCCAUCGCCGGCGCUCGCCUUGGGAUUCAACAAGAGCACCUCCUUCACCUACGAGGAGCUGGCGGCGGCGACGAACGGCUUCGCGCAGGCCGACCUGCUGGGGCAGGGCGGGUUCGGGUACGUGCACAAGGGAGUGCUGCCCAACGGGAAGGAGAUCGCGGUGAAGCAGCUGAAGGCCGGCAGCAGGCAAGGGGAGAGGGAGUUCCACGCAGAGGUCGACAUCAUCGGCCGCGUCCACCACCGCCACCUCGUGUCCCUCGUCGGCUACUGCGUCGCCGCCGAGCAACGGUUGCUCGUCUACGAGUUCGUUCCCAACAAAACUCUCGAGCACCACCUCCACGGAAAGGGAUUACCAGUAAUGGAUUGGCCUACAAGGCUCAAAAUUGCAUUAGGAUCAGCAAAGGGCAUCUCUUAUUUACAUGAAGAUUGUCACCCUCGCAUUAUUCACCGCGACAUAAAAUCCGCCAACAUUCUUCUCGAUUUCAAGUUCGAAGCCAUGGUUGCGGACUUUGGAUUAGCCAAGCUAUCGUUCGACAACCACACGCAUGUUUCUACCCGCGUCAUGGGAACUUUCGGGUACUUGGCACCUGAAUAUGCUUCCAGUGGCAAGCUAACUGAGAAAUCCGACGUCUUCUCCUACGGUGUGAUGCUCCUCGAACUGAUAACGGGGCGAAGACCCGUCGACAGCAAUCACACAUUCACGGAGGAUAGUUUGGUAGAUUGGGCGAGGCCCGUGCUAUCGUUAGCAUUGGCCGACGGAAACUAUGAUGAGUUGGCCGACCCGAGACUGGACGGAAACUAUGACCUGAUGGAGAUGGCGCGCAUGGUGGCGUGCGCUGCCGCCUGCGUACGCCACUCCGCCCGGAGGCGCCCCAGGAUGAGUCAGAUUGUGCGGGCGCUGGAAGGCGACGUAUCGCUCGAGGACUUGAACGAAGGGGUGCGGCCCGGGCAGAGCAUGCUCUUCAGCUCGGGCUCGGGGUCCGAAUACGAGUUCCCGAGCUCGUACACCGUGAACAUGCAGCGGAUCAGAAAGGUUGUGGUGGCCAGCCCCGAGUACAGCGGGGAGUACGGGGACCUGAUAUCGGAGUACGGUGGCCAUGACCGAUUGGCCUCGAGCGGCGAGGGGGCCGUAGCCAGCUUCUCCGACGAGUUCAAUCAGGUCGCGAAUCAUAAACACAAAACUCUCCCACAAUUAUGAGAAUGUUUUCACCAGUGAGGAUGAGAUGGGUCUUAAAAUGCAUUGACUGGUGAGGGAUUUUGUUGGUGGUUAAGAAUGCAUUCUUCAGUUUUAAUGAAUGAAUAGCACCUUUUGGAAUACAUAUUUUCUUGAGUAAUUUUUUUUGUUCUUUCUCAUUUUUA